ACGGGAAGCGCCGUGCACGACUGAGCGCGCGCAUGAGUGCGUGAGCGCGCGCGAGUAUAAUGGCUGCCACGGAGAGCCGCGGAAGCAAACACGUGAAUUUCGGCUAAACGUGAGGAAGGUAAACGAUUCCGCCUUGGUUUUUUCGGUGGUGUGUGAUGAGCGCGUGCAGGCCGCGCGUGCACUUCGUGUCGUGUUGCAGCGAUGCAGAUGGCGUUUGAACACGGGGAUGUGACAACAGGAAAAGAGAGGCAGCUGGAUCACAGAACGGUGUUAUGUUGUUUGAAGAAGAGGAUGGUGAGCAGCCAAGCCAAGUACGAGCUGAUUCAAGAGGUGGGCCGAGGCAGCUACGGCGUGGUGUACGAGGCUGUGGUGCAGUGGACCGGAGCUCGCGUCGCCGUCAAGAAAAUCCGCUGCCACUCACCUGAGAACGUAGAGCUCGCUUUGCGUGAGUUCUGGGCCCUGAGCAGCAUCCAGAGCCAGCACCCGAACGUCAUUCACCUGAAGGAAUGUGUGCUCCAGAGAGGAGGACUCGCUCAGAGGAUGAACCACGGAUCCGGCUCGUCUUCAUACCUGGAGUUAGUAGAAACGUCCCUGAAGGGUGAGCUGGCGUUCGACGGGCGUCGCUCCCGAUACCUGUGGUUUGUUACGGAUUUCUGUGACGGCGGCGACCUGAACGCGUACCUGCUCUCGCGCAAACCGAGCCGCCGCACCAACGCCAGCUUCAUGCUGCAGCUGGGCAGUGCUCUGGCCUUCCUGCACCGCAAUCGCAUCAUCCACCGAGACCUGAAACCCGAUAACAUCUUGAUCUCGCACGGUCCCGCUGAACCCACGCUGAAAGUGGCCGACUUCGGGCUGAGCAAGGUUUGCUCAGCGUCCGGCUUGGAUCCGGAUGAGCCGGCGAGCGUCGAACGCUGCUUCCUGUCCACAGCAUGCGGAACUGACUUUUACAUGGCGCCCGAAGCACGUGAAGGCUGCUACACGGCCAAGGCGGACAUCUUUGCCCUCGGUGUGAUCAUCUGGGCGAUGGUGGAGCGUCUGACGUUUGUGGAAAAGGGCACACAGCGCGAACUCCUGGGCAGCUACGUGCGGCACGGGGAGGCGAUCGUCCCGCUCGGCGAGGCCCUGCUCCAGAACCCCAACAUGGAGCUGCUGAUUCCGGCGCGGAUGAAAAGCAUGAGCGCCGAAAUGAAGCGGCUCAUCAGGGAGAUGCUCGCGGCCGACCCGAGGCAGCGCCCCGACGCCUUCGAGCUCGAGCUCAGGCUGGUCCGGAUCGCAUCCCGGGAGCUGGACUGGGACACGUAGAAAAACACGAAUAGUAUUUUUCUUUUUCAUCUAAUCAUCCAAACGAAUGUGCAUUUCGGGUGUUAAUAUUUUUUUUGUUCACAAGCACAAGUGAGCAGUGUUUUCUGACGAGACGUUGUACAUACGGAAUACAUGCCCUUUUUUUCUUCACUUUGCCUCGUGUACACACACGGGGGCGGUUCUAUAAAAGGUUGACUGGCUUUCUAGGGUAAAUAAAUGAUACCAUAUCUGUAUGGUAAAUACUGUA